UGUUGCAGGAUGGAGAUCUAGUUGAUGAUUUAAAAACAAAACAGGAGAGGGAGUCCUUUCGAUCUCUGCAAAUUUGUUUUUCCCUUGGGAGAAGUCUACUAGUUGAAGCGAAUCCAAAACGCGGUGAUCCGUGCGUUUCAGACAUCAAUCGCCAAACAUAUGCAUCACUGGGUUCGAGCUUCCUCUUCCGAUUUCACCGGAGCUCCUCCGCAGCCCAGGAGUGGACAUACAGCUGUCAAUGUCGGAAAAUCCAUGGUCGUGGUGUUCGGCGGCCUCGUCGACAAGAAGUUCCUCAACGACAUCAUUGUCUAUGACAUUGAGAACAAACUCUGGUUUGAGCCAGAAUGUACUGGCAGCGUUUCUGAAGGAAAAGUUGGCCCUACACCGCGCGCCUUUCAUGUUGCCAUCACUAUUGAUUGUCAUAUGUUCAUCUUUGGUGGACGCUCUGGUGGCAAGAGGCUGGGUGACUUCUGGGUUCUAGAUACAGAUAUAUGGCAGUGGUCUGAGCUAACCAGCUUUGGCGACUUACCCACGCCUCGUGAUUUUUCUGCUGCCGCUGCUAUUGGGAACCAGAAAAUCGUGUUGUGUGGCGGCUGGGAUGGUAAAAAAUGGCUGUCAGAUGUGUAUGUUAUGGACACAAUGUCCCUUGAAUGGAUGGAGCUGUCGGUUUCGGGGUCGUUGCCACCUCCUAGAUGUGGUCAUACAGCCACCAUGGUUGAGAAACGUUUACUUGUUUUUGGUGGCCGAGGAGGUGGUGGCCCUAUCAUGGGCGAUCUGUGGGCUUUGAAGGGAAAAAUAUAGAGAUAAAAAUAGGGAUGGGUUGGAGAUGAACGUGAAACACCUGGAUGGACACAACUCAAGCUUCCUGGCCAAGCACCAUCAGCUCGAUGUAGUCACACUGUCACAUCUGGAGGACAUUAUCUUCUGUUAUUUGGGGGACAUGGAACUGGUGGAUGGCUGAGUCGUUAUGAUGUCUAUUAUAACGACACUAUAAUUUUAGAUAGAGUAACUGCGCAGUGGAAGCGCUUACCAAUAAGCAAUGACGAGCCUCCUCCUCCUCGAGCCUACCAUACAAUGACCAGUAUUGGAGCUCGUCAUCUUUUAAUUGGUGGUUUUGAUGGAAAAUCAACUUUCGGUGAUCUUUGGUGGCUGGUUCCUGAAGAUGAUCCGAUAGCCAAGAGGUCUUCUGUACCUCAACUUAGAAACCUUCCUGAAACUAAGGAGUCAGAGAGAGAACUGGAUACGGAAAGGGGACGAGAGGGAUCCACUAUCGUUGACUUGCAAAAGAAAAUGGGAAUCUCUGUUUCAUCAGGGUUACGCCUUCAAAUCCCCGAGGAGUCAGAAGAUGAAGAGUUCGUUGAGUUAGGAACCAGAUUGAUUGAGAGAGAUGUAAUUGAUAAUCGAGCCGUGGUUUUUUCCUCUUGUCGUGAUUGUGUUAUUCUUGUACUGAAAAUGCUUCUGAAUGAAAAGAUGGCAGCUGAAGCACUUCGUCAACAUUGGAAAGAGUCCACUCCACAGACUUUGCAACUAAAAGAGCUUGGUUCCUUGCUUCGAGAUUAUCAGCGACUGGUUACCCGAAAAUAUACAGCACAGAGCAGCUUAACAUCUGCUGAUUUUGGCCUCCCCGAAAAGAAGACGUUUACAUUUUAUCAUAUCAAAAGUUCUUCCGAGUUGCGGAUGGAUGACAUCCUCAAGUUGUUGGAAGAAUACAAAACCCUUGUAAUCUGAUUGAGGAGCUCUGCCAUGAAACUCAUCAAGUAGCUGCCAAGAAGAUCACCGAGAUUGCUAUCAUAGAAUCAUCUCUCUGAUAGACAAUAAGAUAUGUACAACUUCUUAGUCAAGGACAAAAAGAUAAUAAGCAUAUGUAAGAUUUCCAUUAUAUCUCUACUUAAUCCAUAUC